UGUCCGCUUUGUUUCCGGUGUGAUCAAGAUGGCGUUAAGGGAGUUAAACUCGUUGGAGAGAUUUCUAGGAUUAAAAAAGCCAAAUAAAUACAGCACGCAAGGAGGGAAAAAGGUCCCUGUUCUCCAAAACAAUAAUGGGCCCGCAUUGAUUGGUCUGGUCACUAUAGCGUCCCAUCUGGUCCAUGAGGCUCAGAGACCUGAGCUGUUAGGAGACAGCGCUGAACAAAGAGCUGUGGUCCAGCAAUGGCUCGAACACCGAGUAACACGACUAGAUAACUCGUCUAAAGAAGAAGUCAAAGUUAUUUUGAAGGAUCUUAACCAGUACCUUGAGGACAAAGUUUACCUGGCUGGGAACGACUUCACCCUGGCAGACAUCCUCAUGUAUUACGGCAUUCACCACAUUGUUGUGGAAUUGGCUGUACAGGAGAAAGAGCGAUAUCUGAAUAUCACCAGGUGGUUUGAUCAUAUCCAGCACUAUCCAGGCGUACGACACCAUUUACCUCCUGUGGUGGUUUUGAGGAACAGAGUUUACCCAAGUGGUCACCACUGAAAGCCUUGAUAACUAGUUGUGAUUGUCAAAUAAUCCUGAACUAAUGAUCACAAUAUGUGGUGUUUUACACCACAAACCUAAUGUUAACCCAAACAGUCAGAAGACUAAAUACCUUCUUUUUUUUUUUUUUUUUGGUGUGAGCAAGUUCAUGUCCAUUAGCAGUGUUAUUUUUGUGUGUUAAGAAUGAGUGUAGUUUGUGAUAGGUUUAUUCAAAUAAUGUGGAUUAGAGGACCUAAGAAUCAACAAUGAGAAUAGUGGCUGCGGUUAAAUAAAACUUUUGCAAAUGGAAAAGCAGUUAAUUUAAGUCAUUAUUUAAGAUAACAUGGAUAUCCCUCAUUUCAAGCCACACAUAUCUUUUCUCAUUUGGCAUUUUCGUUUGCCUCUUUCUCCUAGUCUUGGCGCUGGUGUGGGCAGUACUCUGAGGUUUGACAGGAUGUCAUGUUCUUCCUCUGGGGCAGUGGGCAGACUACCAGCUAUAGCUGCACAGACAGCGCUGGUGUGUUCGGAUUUUCAUGUACUUUUCAAUCCAUCCACAACCAGUGUGUAAUUUUCCCCAAAAUCCCCUUAUUUGAUAGCUUAGAAUUUUUUUAGACAGUUAAAGUAUUCAAUCGCUUAAUCCACUUCUGUUAUAUAAAUCACUGGCUGCGUCAAAGGUUUUCAAUCAUUAUUUCAAUCAUAUUUUUGAAUCAGGCAUUGUUGAAGAUCUGUGCUUGUGUUUUCUUGGCACAAAAUGUAAAGCAUUUUUUUUUUAUAUAAAGGGUUCAAGACAAAAAAAAAAAAGCUUUUCCAGUUCCAAGAGACUUGUUCCUGAGAACAUGGCAGCUUUAUUAAUCUUAAAAGGUUGACUUAAAACAUCUUUCAGGAAACCAAAUGCUUCAGACAGCAUACAACAUGUGGCCAAUCUGGUUUGGAGCUGCUCUGUCCGUAGCCUUUAUGGUGGAAAAUCCUCAUCUUAUGAAAGGGAGAUGUGUUUUUGCACGUUUACUUAUCUGCUGUGCAUAUGCUGACAAAAAGAUCUCUCUGUUCUUUUUAUUAUACUUCCUUUCCCUGUAAGCCUUCUUUAUGAAAUGUCUGCUGUUCUCAAGCUCAAGUUUGUGUUCUUUAAUGUCAACAGAAUGUUGUCCUGUGCCAAUAAAUGAAAAAGGGAAAACAGAA